CCAACAUCCAACUUAACUGGCACAGAACUCUUUGUGCUGUUGAGUCCAUUGGCUGCGCUCCCCUAUUAAAGGAAGGCUCUCUGCGCAACCCAGGACAUUUCUUUCUUCACUCUCCUCCUCACCAGUUUGCCCAGAGCACUUUUUGUUAAGGGAAGGAGGCGAUGCCUUUCAAAGGAGCACAAUUGUGCUGCUGUUGGUUUUUCUACUUCGUCCUGCCUUGCAACUCCCUUUUCCAAGGCUAUGGACCUGGGGACUACGGGGCGCCAGAAGUGGAUUAUUCAAAUGAAGCAGACUUCGGGGAGAGCAAUUAUGGUCAGGAUGUGGAGCAGUACGGUCCUGAAGCUGCAGGAGAAACUGCAGCUGAAGCACAAGCACAAACACAAGCACAAGCAGUAAGUUGUGUUCAUUUAUUUCAUGUGUAGUUUAUGCUCAUUCCCUAAGUGAAAUCCAGGACCCUCUAAGUAGCGCAUGAUAAAUAACAUGGGAACAUAGCAACCUGCCUGGCACUGAAUCAGACCGCUGGUCCAUUUAGUCUACGCUAUUAUCUACCAUGGGGAUGCGGGUGGCGCUGUGGGUUAAGCCACAGAGCCUAGGACUUGCCGAUCAGAAGGUCGGCGGUUUGAAUCCCCGCGACAGGGUGAGCUCCCGUUGCUCGCUCCCUGCUCCUGCCAACCUAGCAGUUCAAACGCACGUCAAAGUGCAAGUAGAUAAAUAGGUACCACUCCGGCAGGAAGAUAAACGGUGUUUCCGUGCACUGCUCUGGUUCGCCAGAAGCGGCUUAGUCAUGCUGGCCACAUGACCCGGAAGCUGUACGCCAGCUCCCUCGGCCAAUAAAGUGAGAUGAGCACCACAACCCCAGAGUCGUCCACGACUGGACCUAAUGGUCAGGGGUCCCUUUACCUUUACCUUUUAUUAUCUACCAUGACUGGCAGCAGUUCUCCAGGGUUUCAGACAGUUUCUCCUGCCCUACCGGGAUAUAUUCUGGGGGUUGAACUUUGGGUCUACGUACAAGGCAAAUGCUCUGCCACCAAGCUAUGUCCCUUCCCCGAAGUUCCAAUAUCUGGGAAUACCUCUUGAAAGGUGGCAUAUAGGUUAAUUGAACCAGUAGUCCUCAACCUUUUCCAGCUCAGGACUAACGUUUAACCCAAACGUGCAUGUGGGGACCCACUUCUUAAUCAUUGUUUUUAUCAUAUAUUUGUAUAGUUGGUAGCACUGCUGUUGCAACCCACCUUAGAUCAGGUCAUGGCUGAGUAGUGGAUCCCAACCCCUCAGCUGCAGACCAAUGCAUUGAAACAAAUGGUUGGUUUUAGUAUUUUGUAAUUUGGUUAAAGGGGGAAAUACUUUAGGUAAAAUAAAAAAAGAAUUCCUUGCAUGUCUAAAUCCGGGUUUGGGGCAAGUACUCUUUGCUGAAAAAAGCCCAGCAGAGAUUUAAAAUCACAAAAUAUGCAACAAAAUAAAGCAUGGAAAAUAUUUCUUGCUUUAAAAUAUUGCUUUCUAAGUUGCUUGCAAAGCCCCCCACUUCCCUGAUCAUAGAAAGAAACCACAUGUAAGUUAAAAAUGAUUUACUUACAAACUUUUCAAAGGUCAGAUUCAUGUGCUUUUCCAUAUAGCAGCAAGGAAAGUCAGGUAGUAAAACUUAGGUUAGUUCCAAAAUUGUAAAGGUUUCUAAAUUAUUUGUAUAGAAACACAAAGAUGGAUUGCCUAAGCUUGGAGCAUCCAGCUUAGACCUCCUUACUGGAAGGGUUCUCAUGGUGGAAGAGAGAAAGAACAGAAUUGGGUAGCCCUUCCUCCCAAGCUAAGGGGGUCUGACUUAGCUAAGCAAGGCAGGACAGCUUACUCUAUGGUCUUAACCCCUUCAUGUAUUAAUUAAAGUUAAGUAUGUUGGUUAUAUGAGGCUGAUUUAUCCCACACCAAUAACCUGGACCAAGUUGUCUUACCUACCAAGGACUCCAAGUGGAGCUCAGCCUUUAUUAUGGCACACGUAGGCCCAGCUUAGUGCUUUCCAGAUGUUUUGGAUUAAAACUCGCCUCAGCUGGAAGGCACCUGGCUGGGGAAGGCUGUUGCAGCAUUUGAAAAUGGCAUGUGAAAGACUGUGCCACCUAUUUUUUAAGCACACCUCACUGUUUCAUCAUUGAGUUUUCAAGGUGGCUGUUCCCUCAUGGGCAGCCUUCUGUGAGCUAUAUGUUAGUGGUGGGUGGGGCUAAAGGCAAGAAGUGGGUGGAACAACAGAUGGUGACUCUUACUGGUUUAGUUACAAUGCUCACAGUUUAAGGACACAUUCCAGGCAGGCAAAAGCACUUGUGAGGGGCACACAGCAGUCUGGUGAGGUAUAUGGCCCUGGGGAAAGAAAGACGGGGCUGGGUGGGGAUUCACUUAGCCCCUGGUCCUGAGGUUUUCACUCCUGUUCUAAUUUAGAUGCUCAUGGAGUUUGUCUGGGGACCUUGGGAGGAAGUGAUCAUGUCCUCCUGGGUUUCAUGAUACAGAGGCAAGGGAAAGUUGAGUGUAGUUGGACAUGCACUCUGAACGGAUUUCAAAAAGCUUAAGGAACUACUGGGUGAGAUUCCGUGACCAGAAAUAUGCCAAGAGAAGGUAGUCUAAGAAGGGUGAAAUAUUGAAGGCACAUAUGCAGACAAUUCCAACAAGAGAGAAAAGAGGGAGGAACCUAAAGAAACCAGUGUGACUGCAUAAGUUGCUGUCGGGUGAGCUGUAAUGUCAGGGCAUGUAUGAGAAAUUGAAGAAAUUUAAAGCUCAGUGUCUGAGCACCCUUCUUUUUGCUCCGGAGCUUUCCCCACAGAAACCCGCUAUUUAAAGCCCAUUCUUAGCAAACAUAAAUCCAUUGAAAGCUUGAAUUGAUGUUUGCUCCAAUUCAGCUUUAAAGAGCUGGUUUUCAUAGGGAAAGCUCAGCCCUGGCCAUGCACCCCACCCCAAAAAUUGGCCAAGAGGAAGUGUGGACCUCCAGCUGGAAAAUAGUCUUGAAUUGGGUCAGUGGCAUAGGAGCAAAGCACUGCAAGUCCUCCCCCACCAUCUCUCAAUUGCAGCAUCCCUUAUCAAAACUCAGGGGAAGAUGGCUGCCUCCACUAUCAUAGUGAGCACCCACAGCGCUGGGCACCCACAGUGUGGGGCCCAAGUCAGCGCCCUCUGCGCCUGGGAAGGCUGCAAGUGUGACCUGAAUACACCAGUGCCUUUCCCUCUGGUGCUUCACAGCAACUGGUGUUGACAGGUGUACUUCCAACGCUAUGCAAGUCUUCUCAGAUGUAGUCUGCCCUGGGUUUGAUGGGGCCUUUCUCAAGGAUAUAGAGCAGGCAUCUCCACACUCGGCCCUCCAGAUGUUUUGGGGCUGCAGUUCCCAUCAUCCCUGACCACUGGUCCUGUUAGCUAGGGAUGAUGGGAGUUGUAGUGCCAAAACAUCUGGAGGGUCGAGUUUGGGGAUGCCUGAUAUAGAGGAUUUUGUUGUUGUAUAGCUAUUGCUCUUGUCAGUCAGGUGUGGCCUUCCAGAUGUUACUGAGCCACAACUCUCAGCAUCCCUGGCCAUUGGCCAUGCUUACCAUGGCUGGUGGGAAUUGUAGUUCCACAACAUCCGGAGGGACAGUCUUGCUGCAAAGCAAGAAGUAAUUCAUUUCUGAUGUUAGUGUGCUGGGUGAGCGCGUGGCUAUAUAUAGGGCUUUUUUCAGCUGGAACUCACUGGAACUCAGUUCCAGCACCUCUCAGGUGGGUUCUGGCACCUCUCUGUUGCUAUUAUAAGAGAACGAGGGAGGUGUUCAUGGUGAGUUCCAAUACCUCUUUUUCUGGAAAAAUAGCACUGGAUAUGUUAUAAUGGGCUUUUGUUGGCAAAGCUAAGUAUUAUGUUCAUGCAGGAGAUGUGAUUAAUUUGAUUUUGUUUUUAUUGAAAUAUAGCAACUCUUUCCCAUGGUUGUCUUCCUAGUAAUUAUCACUGACCACCCUGAAGUUCCCCUCUGGGUUGGUAGUUGGCAUGCUUGGUCUCCCGCCAAUGGCUCCUUCCCAUUGCUGCUGCCAUCAGCAUGGCUUUGCUGCUGUUAACUGCCAUCAGUCACUCGCCUCUGCCCAUCCCUCCUCCCCACAGGUAUUCUGUUUACCUGGUGGCACUGACUAUGGUCAGUUCCAUGUUAGGGAUGGGUGACUCCAUCUCUUCCUCUCAAUUUCUCAAUUUCUCUAAUCUUACAUUCGGUUUUCUACAAUAGUUUGGGAUUGCUUUUUUUUUAAACAAAAUCCUCAUGAAAAUUCAGCAGCAUUUUAGUGCUAAUUUAUCCUAAUGUACUCAUUUUUGUAGGCUGUUUUGCCUAAUGUACUCGUUUUUGCAAGCCUUGUUUCCAUAAUAAUUAUUUUUCCACUAAUGUAAUGCAUGUUGAUGUUAUUUUCAGUAAUAUAUGCAUUCAUCUGUGCAUUUCACCCUACAAUUUGCAUUUUGGAUACAAUACUUGGCUGGAAAACUGCAUUGCAAAAUUCAGACAAGUGUGGAUUUCAAAUGACAGUUGUGUUUUGAUUUGCAUAUUGUUCCAAAAACUAUGAUUAGGUAGAUUUGCCUUUAAAUGCAAACUAAAUUCCAUUUCUCUCCCUGUCCCUCCUUCUGACAGCCCUUCCCUGUAUCUGAAUGAUACUGCUUUGGCCGCAUAAGCAACAGCCCAAACACUGGACGAGAGAGAACUAGCUUAAUAAAUCCUAUAGUAACUUGGCUGUUGGAUAUGGCAAGGUAUUAACUGUUGUAAAAUGGUUGGAUGUCAAAAUGCUGAUACCAAAUAUCACCUGGCCAAAUAUUUGUGCAGCUAACAAAUUUUCAGAGUUUUUGAAGUCUCAAGAGUUCAUACAAGACAAUUUUAAGUGGUGAUGAUUUCAGUUCUAUUCAAAACACAUGGGUUUUAGAUCAUAGAAUCAUAGAAUUGUAGGGUUGGAAGGGACCACAAGGAUCAUCUAGUCCAACCCCCUGCAUGCCACAAUUUUUUGCCCAAAGAUUAAGAGUCUCAUGCUCUACCGACUGAGCUGGUAUACUGCAGGUAUAGCAGUGUGAAAGGGUCAUUGGACACAGGCACUAGCAUUCUAAUCAGGCAUCAUAAUCACGUCUGAACGCACCCUUUGUGAAUCAAUGGUUAGGGCUGACCCUAUCAGCCAAUCAGCCAAUCCCCUCUGCUGGAGAACAGAACUCUGCAUGCCUCAUGACCUGCCCUUGUCCCAUCACUAAAAUGCAGUGAAGGACGCUAACCCAUUACUAGUGUUGAAGCAAGAUUCAGCUGCCAUUCUGGUUGGCUUCUGUAUGUGGAAUGGGGAGAGGGUACCACUUUGUCCUUGCCUCUCAGGCAGCAAAAUGUAUUGAGCCAGCUCUGCCAAUGGAGCUGUACAGUUCACCUGCAUGUCUGGGGUUAAAAAUAAUAAUCCCAGAAGUUGCUGUUUUGCAUUGAGGUUUGACUUAUACUGUGACCAAUGAAUUCUGAUUCCCUCUGCUGGCUUCUUUGGAAGAGUGGGAUAUUUUGAGCUGAUUUCUGUAGCAGCAUUUCAAGACAGGCUCCAGUGGAUUGAGCAGAAGAGACCGAGAGUGAGUCCAAGGGUCAAGGAAGUGGCUUCUACACAUGCUGUAGAAUGAAGUGAGAGGCAGAUGCGGCUCAUCCACUAGCUCAUCUAGUAGAAGGAAAACUCUGACCCUAAACCUCCACUGCCUCGUGGGACAUAUUUGGGAAAAGAAAAGGCUAUAAGGAAUGCUGUUGUUGUUUAGUCGUUUAGUCGUGUCCAACUUUUCAUGACCCCAUGGACCAGAGCACGCCAGGCACUCCUGUCUUCCACAGCCUCCCACAGUUUGGUCAAACUCAUGUUGGUAGCUUCGAGAACACUGUCCAACCAUCUCGUCCUCUGUCGUCCCCUUCUCCUUGUGCCCCCCAUCUUUCCCAACAUCAGGGUCUUUUCCAGGGAGUCUUCUCUUAUCAUGAGGUGGCCGAAGUAUUGGAGCCUCAGCUUCAGGAUCUGUCCUUCCAGUGAGCACUCGGGGCUGAUUUCCUUAAGAAUGGAUAGGUUUGAUCUUCUUACAGUCCAUGGGACUCUUAAGAGUCUCCUCCAGCACCAUAAUUCAAAAGCAUCAAUUCUUCGGCGAUCAGCUUUCUUUAUGGUCCAGCUCUCACUUCCAUACAUCACUACUGGGAAAACCAUAGCUUUACAAAUCCAGAAUGGAGUCCCUAAGACAGUUCAAUGGUGUUUUGUACACCUCUGCCUGGCAUCUCCUUCAACCCAGCUGGUGCCAGAUGUAUUGCUCUGCUUUCGUUUGGACCACAUCAGCAAGUCCGAGAGGGUUGGUGGUCUUCUUGUCUGGGCAACCAAGGAUCUCCAUACACACCACCAGGGCUUGUGCCCCAGCACUUCAGUGCUGCUAACGCAGUGGUUUGACUUCACCCCCAGAAGUGCACUCCAUUGACCCUUGAGAGGGACAGAUGCCAACAACAAUACAUUUCAAGCUAGCUGUUGAAGAUUAAUGUGGUUUUAAAAGAAGCAGCAGCAAGGGUAGUCAUUGUGGUGCCGUCCACAUGUUGAAGAACUGCAGCUCCCACCACUUCUGGCUAUUGCCCAUGCUAGCUGGGGCUGAUGUGGGCUGCAAUUCAACAACCCCUGGAAGGCCACAGGCCCCACAGCUCUGUAUGAAAGCAUUUUUGCCCUCUCUUCAGCUCACAAAGCUCCCAGAUGGGCUGAAAAAGGGAGACUUCCGGGGUGGCGCCAUCGGCAAUGGCGGAUUCCCUCUGAACUGGAGGGACCAGCUCCACGGGAAUCGGGUCUUUUCCGCUACGGCGAAGCGGGGACCCAUUCAAAAAUCACAGGCGGAUGAAGCCUGUGAUCAUGGGACUCGGCGGGCACCCUUAGCGCCCCCCCCAACCCGCAAAAGAACCCAUUAACAGGCUCCGGAGCGAAGAGGGGAAGUGGCGCGGUGCUGAGAGUCAACUGCUUCUUCCGUGGAGCAAAGCCGCACAGCCGUUGCCGGAGAGCGCUGCCUAUGUCCUGGGACAAUCUGGCUUCUAAAAUAAUCACCCGUGAGUACCUAAACUCGGACAAUUGGACUCUAAAUAAGGACUUGUGAGCAGAAAGGAAAAUUGGACUUAAAAGUUUACCUUAAUUUGGCGCUGAAACGGGAAGGUCUAAACAGGAAGUCAGCCUUCCGUUUCUUUGUAGACAGAUUAAAGCAAAGACAUGGCAAACUAGAGCUCAGAAAAUCGCCUGUAAAAGAUUAACUUUCAUCAUUUAAGAUUGUUGAACCCCCUUCGGAAGCAGGAGAAGAGGGGGGAUUUUUUCGGACUGUUUAAACCUGCAGAAGUGAGGGUAAAGUAAAGUAACUUUCCACCGUCCUGAUCCUGGAGCGGGGUGUUAGGACUGACUUUUUUUGAAGUUCAUUGACCAGAGACAACGUUUUUGACAGAUAGCUAUAAGAAGAGAAACUUUGACUCCAUUGUUCCCUUUCGCUUCUUAAAGGAACAAAUAUUGACAAAAUAUCUGAAAAAGGAAACUUUUGUUGCUAGACUUGUCUUUAAAAGAAAGAACAAAUAGAAGUUUUCCCCCUAGAGGGAGACUGUGAAACUGUAACCAACUCCGGGGAGCUGGCAGCUGUUACAGAUUACAAUCGUGGGAAUAGACAUCUGACCUUGCAGGACAAUGUAUUCAGAAGCUCUGUUGUGUGCUUUCUAUAAAACAAAUGCCCUACUGGAACAGCUACAUGAGAAGACGAAUUUAAUGGCUGAUUCGAUUAGAAAUUUUGAACAGGCAGUGGGAAAUUUUGAACAGGCAGUGGGAAAAUAUGUGGAGCCCACCCAGGAAUUAAAUCAGGAGCGUGCCCUGACAGAACAGGCCCAACAGGAACAUGAGCUUUCGGAUUUGACAAAUGAACUUGGAAAAAGCCAGAUUUGGAAAGAAAAAGUUUGGUUUGGUUUGGAAAUGGGGGGCUGGAUAGACCCCCCCUAUGCAGGGAUGUUUGGACUUUUCAAGUCGGGCAAUGGGCCGUGAGAUGUCUGGGAUUGUGGGGGCUCCUAAUUUUGGAGGGAUUUUGAAACAUGUUCUUAAAUACCACAUGGAAUUUAGUCUGGAUUAUGGAAAAGGGGCUGAUCUGUCGAGAAGGGUCAAAAACACUGUUAAGCUGGAGUUCCCACGAGUGAAACGAGCAGGAGAUAAGGGAAAAUACAGUUACAAAUAUGAAGAAGAGCUGCGGAAGGGACAUGGAAGAGACUUAAGGGCCUCGGAUAUAAGGUUACCAGGUUAAUGCGCUAGAUCGAUGGGAUAAUAAGGACUGACAAAACCCGGGACCAGGAGGAAGGGACGCUGGAUGAAGAUUGGAUUGUUUUUAUUUCUUUUUCUACUACUAGGAUUGUUUUAUAAAAUUGAUGAAUGUUAGAAAAAUGUUGGAAUGAAAUUACUUGGCUUUAGUAAAAAUGUUUAAAGAAUUAUGUAAGAAUAUUAUGGUUAUGAGAAGUUGGUAAAAAUAAGAUUUAAGUUUUAAGUUUCAAGGUUUUUCAUAGUAAGAUAAGAUUAAAAUAGUUUAAGGUAAUGUAAUGACAGAAUUUUAUGAAAUAUGGAAAGGAUUUGCUGCAACAAUUAACAACUAGGAUACCAAAAAAGGGAGGAGGAGGAGGUCAAAGAAAGAAGGUAAUGGCAGUUGAGGAUUUGAGAAUAAUGGAUUUGUUUUUAAAUGUUUGCGGUGUAUUUUUGGGGUUUUUUUGAAUUUGUAUUGUUGGAUGUGGUUUGUGUUUUUCUUUGUUCUUUCUUUGUUCUUUUUCUACUUUGUUUUCUUUUGUAACUCUAAAAUUUUUUUUCAAUAAAUAUCAUUUUAAAAAAAACCAGAUGGGCUGAAUAAGGAAAAAAUAGAAAUGAAAAGGUGGCAACAGCAGUGGCACCUUCGAACUGGGAAUCUUAAAUUUGUACCAACUUGAGCUCUCAAAACUGAUCUUUUGCUGUAUCCCCCAUCCUUAGGAAGAAGAAGCUAAUCAACGAUGAUGUCCCAUUUCCUCAUUGUGGCAAGCAUCGUCUGGAGGAAGUCUGUCAAACGAACAGCUUCAGAUGGUUCCAAAUGCUACCAACAGAUUAUAUUAUGGAACGGUUAUUAAAUAUUUGUUAGAGGAGGAAAAAAA